CAUCACCAGGUUCUGCAUCUAUCGCCUCCUUCACCAACACUCAGGACGAUUAUCUGACAGGCGACGGCUCUGAGCCCAUCUUUGACUUCAGUGAUAUCGAUCCGACCAGUGCUGCCUCCAGCUCGCCCAAAGGGCUGGAAGAAGGAGCGGGUGGUGGCUGAGUUCUGGGACGGAAAGAUUCUCCUGGUCAUGCCCGAUGAUCCCAAAUACGCCGUCAGAAAGGCUGAGGAUGUGCGUCGCGUGGCAGACAGCGAGCUGGGUUUCCAGCAGGUGACUCUGAGCCGACCCACUCAGGCUAGAACCUACCUGUUCAUCAACUCGGAGAGGAUGGUGGUCGGCUGUCUGAUCGCUGAGCCCAUUCGACAGGCUUUCAGAGUCCUGGAGCAGCCAGACCAACAGAAGGACAUGACCAAGGACGACUUCAUGGAGCGACACCGAGCCUGGUGCUGCUCCUCCGUCCCGGAACAAGCCAUGUGUGGGAUCAGCCGGAUCUGGGUCUUCAGUCUGGCCAGACGUCAGGGCGUCGCCACCCGCAUGUUGGACACCGUCAGUUCUCGAAAGGACUCAAUGGAGGACAGCUUUGACGAGGACGCCUACUACGAGAGGCUGGGGACGAGGCCGGCGCUGGACGCUGAGGCUCUGGGGGGCUCGUACCGGAGGAUGGUGGAGCUUUUCUAUCUGUGCACAGAAGAAGAUCCCAAGAAGAGACCCUCAGCCGCCCAGGUCGUCCAGGCCCUGGAGAGCAACGCCCCGCUGAAGCAGACGCAGAGUGAGGUCAUCGUUAUCGACUGA